AUGGGUGAUGAGUAUACUUUCGGAGCCCCUCGAGUCUGGCGCAUUGCAAACUCUGACGACAUCGUACCACAAGGUGUCACCAUCUUCAAUGACAAGGCUCCCCAAGACAUCGCCUCAGAGAUCAACGGUCCUCCCCCGCCAGGCCGAAAGUUCACAUCUUGGAAAGAGUUCAAACGCGAUGUCAUUGAUGCUGGGCCGCAUCUCCCCAACUCGUACUACAAGUCUAUGGUUGAAGCAAUCAAGACAACCGCAAAGAAAGAGACCACGAAAGGGAAUGGCUUUUGA